AUGGAGGACAUUCUCGUCACCGAUUGGUGGGAAAUUGCAAAGAGGUAUUGCAUGACUUACUUUCUCUUUGACCUCCUGUCGUGGUUCCCCAUCGACCUGUUGGUUCAGGUUUUUACUGGAGAUGAGGUUGGUUCUGAAAUGAGGUCUGUCAAACUGAUGAAAUUUGUUCGUUUGGUUCGGCUUGCCAAGCUCAUGAGGCUUUUCAAACUCAACAGGUUUCUUGUCAUUCUGGAGGAAAAGCUUAACCUCAAGCCAGCCAUGAUCCGCAUGGUGAGACUCAUAAUCAACAUCGUAUUUUUGGCACACUUACUCGCCUGUAUGUGGCAUUUCAUUGCCUUGCCAGCGUGUGGUGAGGAGUCUGAGGAUGUUGAGGCAACUGGACCAUGUCCUGAAGUGGAGCAUGACUCACUGCCCAAUUGGAUCAG